AUGACCCAGGAGCAGUAUAUCCUCGCCGCGCAGCCCAACCCGCUCCACCAACGAGCGCCAUCCAUGUGCGGCGCCCAGGUUUACCCAGCGGUGGGAAUCUACGGGUGGAGGAAAAGAUGCCUGUACUUCUUCAUCCUCCUCCUUCUCGUCACCAUGAUCGUUAACCUUGCACUGACCAUCUGGAUCCUUAAAGUCAUGAAUUUCACCCCAGAUGGCAUGGGGAAUCUGCGGGUGACAAAGGAAGGCGUCAGGUUGGAGGGAGUGUCCGAAUUUAUACUGCCUUUGUAUGUGAAAGAGAUCCAGUCUCGCAGGGACAGUCCACUUAUUCUUCAGUCAGACAGAAAUGUGACAGUCAAUGCUAGAAAUGAUCAAGGACAACUGACCGGUCAACUAACCGUGGGCUCAGACAUGGUUGAGGCUCAGUGUCAGAGGUUUGAGGUGAGAAGUACAGAUGGAGAGCGAGUUCUGUUCUCGGCAGAUGAAGAGGAGAUAAGCAUCGGUACUGAGAAACUCAGAGUUACAGGGAAUGAAGGUGUCGUGUUCAGCCAUUCUGUAGAGACGUCACAUGUAAGGGCAGAGCCCUUCCAGGACCUAAAGUUGGAGUCCCCGACUCGGACUCUUACCCUUGAGGCCCCCAGAGGCGUGGAGGUCAACGCUGGAGUGGGAGACUUCACAGCGUCCUGUAGGAAAGACCUCCUCCUGCAGUCCUCAGAAGGAGAGAUCUUUCUAGAUGCCAACGCCAUCAGGCUGGGCAACAUUCCCCUCGGCAGUGCUGUGGAUCCCCUGGAGGGGGCACCGGCAGGUACCACCUACACUAAACAGACUGUCUACGAGCUGUGUGCCUGCGCUAAUGGUAAGCUCUACCUGUCUCCAGCUGAGAAAGGCUCUACCUGCCAAACCACAAGUAACUUUUGUCUCUGGAGCUGAAAGUAUAAGGUGGACAUAUGGACCCAGGACAAAUGGACUACUUUCGAAGUACGAAGCUCAUGCUAGCCAAGAGACUGAAUCCUCCUGAAUCAGGGCUUGGAGGGAUACUAAUGCCAGCUAACAGAUCAAAUCAACAUGGAUUGUGGCAUGGCCAGAAGUUCGUGUCCAUUAACCAACCAAAUACUAUAUGGCUUACAGCUUGGCAGAGGGUUUAACGCUUGCUAACAGACCAAAUCAACAUGGACUGUGGCAUGGAGUGAUGCUAAUGCCAGCUAAAGGACUGGAGCUUGGACAAGAGCUUGGUGAGAAGCGACCUCACCAACCAAAUUAAUAUGGAUUGGUCAGUAGCUAAUGAAUUCAAGUUGAUGGAUGACUCAGCAGGAAGCAAAAGCCAACUAGAUGGGUUUGUGAGUUAAAAGCUAAGAUCACGCAUGGAUGGUCAUGGAUGGACAGUCUCUCUCCAAGAUGCUCAGUGGCUGCCUCUGCCAUCAUUGAAUAGGUGCAAUGAUCGUGUCUGAAAGCUACAAAGAUUACAUUUGGGGGGUUUGCUUGACAACAGCCAACUUUUACAAACAACGUGAAUUGUGUUCACCGUUUAACCAAAAUGAUCUAGAAAUCACACCGGCUUUUGUAAGGAUGCUAAGAUGUGGACAAGCAUAUUUGCCAGCGGGGACUGAUGUACCCUGCCUUAGAAUUGUGGGUUAUCUGUUGGCUAACUGACAUCAGUAAAGACUUUGGUCUAGCUCUGCAAGUAACUAACAAUUAAAUCAAACAAUGGUUUAUUCUAGUGGGAAGCUAGCUAAUGGACCAAUCUAUACCAGUAAGGCCUUCCCCCUCCUCCCCAUAUAAUAUUAAACUUAAAUGUUAAAGUUUGACCCUUCCACGUUAACAUGCAUCCUGUAGUGACUACUGUAUGUUCUUUAACCCCACUCCAUUGGAUAGACAAAGCAAAUAACUGUGCUUCAGUCUUGUAUCCACCAGCUUUCCCCCAUACAUUCUCUGAUUUGCAUUUUUUAAUGUUCUUGUAGUUCUUUCUGGUCUCCUUCACCAUAUUUUGCCACCAUUUCCAUUUUUCUCUUCUCCAUGUUCAUGUGAUCACAGAUGUAAUGAUGCCCCCCCACCCAAUGUCUGUCUACAUAUCUUUUGAGUUCCACAGUGUAGUACAAAAGAAAAAAGAAAAUGAAGAUACAGUAAAAGGUUAUUCCGACUUAGGUUACAAUAAGGUAUUAGUUUUUGUUAUGGUAUGAAUCUAAUAUCUAGACAGGUAGCACUCAGGUGAUCGUCAGAGCAAGUCUGAUCUUGUUUGAUGUAUUAUACAUCUUCAUCCAAAAUAGCUUACCUGUUAGAGUUUUUCAUUGCUUUUGCAUGACUUUCUUGCUCUUGUGUCAUCACCCCUUCAUCUUUUAUUUUAAUUUUUCAUUAUUUUUUCAUUUUUCCCUUGCUUAGCUUCCUUACCGCUCUCAUUUCUUAUGAGCAGUCAAAUUUGAAAUGUCUUAUCCCAUGUUUAUCUAUUCAUCAGCUCUCACGUCUCUUUCGGCAUCAACUCAAUAUCUCAAUACUCAAAUAAUUGCUCCUCAAAUCUUUCUCCCUUCAACUCUUCAGCAACAUAAGCAAGCAAAUUGUAAUCAAUUUUGUACUGUUUACUUGGAGUUUGGCAACAAUUUAAGUCAGCUGGUUGAGUGAAAUCCAAAAGCAUUUCUGGUCUAAAUGACAUCUGAAGUCUUGUCAUGAUUGCUGAAUACUUUAAUCACUCUUACUCUACCUGUAAGGUUGUACUCAGCCAGUGUAUGGAGGAAACCAAUUACAGCCAAUCUAAUACAGUCAUUUGUGGCACUAGUGAAAGGUUAUUGCCAUAAAUUUGUUAAUUAAUGACAAAUAACAACCCUGGAAAUGGGCAGAUCCACCAGGAAACCUAGACUUUGUGACAAAAAUGCAGUUAAAGUUCUGGUUAUUUUCAGUUCAUAUAUUAGGCACAUUGUUUUAAGCCCUCUCCAAGUCAACAUCCCAUGACCCCUUUCAGAAACCCCCAGUGUGAGGUGGUGUAAUGAGUACAAGCAUUUGAGCACACCCACUUUAAAUAAAUAAUAAAAUACUUUUAAUAAAUUAUAGGAACCACCACUCCACACUCCAUUUUUUAGAACCCAGAUAAUCUGAGGCAAAACGUAUCCAGCUUCUUCCUUUUUACCUCUACAAGAUAAAUGAAUGAGGCUUCCCAUGAGUCUACAAAUCUUAACCUAGGUCCAAGAGUUCACCAAGAUGUUCUUUUCACUAGCCAACACUCUCUUCCUUUGCCGAGUGUCUUUCCCCAAAUUCCAGGUUUUGAGAGGCAAUUUUAAUUCCAUAUUUGUGUUGAUAUAAAACAUAUUGCAGCCUCUCCAUUAUCAGAACCAAUCAUUGAUCAUUGACGUUAGGCCCUGGAUGUUGUCGUACCAUCUACGCUGAAGUAAAAGGGUCAAAUGUGGUGUUUGUUAUGGCCAAUCCAUGAAAAGCAUGUCAUUCCAAAAGACAUUAGUAUUACUCCCAAUCAUAACCCGAUAGAUUUCUCUAUCAUUGUCCACAUGAGUGUUGAAGGUUCCCAAGCGAACUAUAGAGUCCCAAGUUGAAACCCUUUCCACGACCGCACUUUGAGACACACACAAACACACACAAACCCCUCCAUCAUGUUAAGAUGGCAUUUCAGAGGUGUCUUUAUUGGUGUGAAUGUUCUCAAGCUGGCUAACAUAGAAGUUACUGGAAUCUUUGGUAGGAAUUAUGGGUACAUAAAUAUGGUUAUAUGUGAAUAGACUCCGCUGGAUUGAGGCCCUGAGACAUACUUUCUUUUUUCUUUUUCUUUUUCUUUUUUUUUUUUUAAACAAAGUGAUACACAGGUGCCUUUGCUGCUGUUGGUAAAAGCACAUCACAGUCUGAACGUUCACCCUCAGUGGACCAUUUGCAAGUGUGUGGACAAACUAUUUAUCAAUCUACCUAUCUAUCUAUUAAGUUUUCAAUGUUUUUCCUUCCCUCUCUCCUGGUUUUGUAGAGUUCUCAGUAUAUCCAGUUGAGCAAAUUAACAAUUCAAUCCUGGUUUAAAAAAAAAAAAUUCUGAUGUGUUACCUUAUGGUUUUAUUCUUGAUAAUAAAAAAGCACAAAUUAUGCCAUGUAUAUAACAAUACCAAUAAAAUACAAAAUAAAAUAAUAUUGUUUUUCAAAA